AUGCACAAAUACACUUUGAUUUUGAUCUUAUUUGUACUUUAUCUGAUAGAAACAAUGAAUGGGCAGAGUAUAGGUGAGCAUAAUAGACUCGUAAGACCAAGAAUACGACACAAACCAACAAAACCCAAGCCAGUAGCUACUCCUCUCUAUACUUUCUACUCCAUAAAAUCGUUAGAUGAUUUACAAAACAAACAUCCAGAUAAACUAAAUAAUACGUCGAAUAUAUUUCAUUUCAAAGAUACAAAGAGUUCGUUAUAUUAUAGUAAGAAAGAUCACCAAUGGGUGGAGUUGAAGCUUGCAAAUCCCGAUGAUCCAGUACAGAAAUUUCCCUUGGAGUACUGGAUUCCAGCAUCGUACUGUCUUGACUCUACUUCUGGAAGUGGAGGAACAGCUAGUCGUGCUAUCACGGUACUUUAUGAAGUUGCGGUAGAAAACUAUAUGGAUAUAUAUGCUGGGUUACCGACAUUUGCAAUCCACGAGGCAGCAGGAUUAUCCUUGGGAGUGAAAAUUGGCAAGCAAGUGGCAGUGACGUUAUUCUUUAGUUGUGCCGUCAACGAAGGUGAAGUCAUACAAUUACAAUAUCGACCGUCAUAUGUAAUUGUUCCUGAAAUGGAAGCAGUUCUGUAUAAGUUUACUGGGAAAUCACUCAAGAAGAAGAAAGUCAAGAAAAUCAAACCAUUCAAGACGUUAAUUAUCGAUGCACCAGAACACCAGUGCUGGGCCACAAGAAAUAUCAAUGACCUACAAUGUCAUCGUCCAAUCAACCAUCGACAUGUGAUCAGAUUUUAG